AUGGCUCAACAACGGACGAUUUUGACUAUUGCUGGGUCGGACUCUGGGGGUGGUGCAGGAAUACAGGCUGACCUUCGUACCUUUGCAGCUCAUGGCCAUUUUGGAACCAGCGCGAUCACAGCUCUUACUGCUCAAAACACCACCGGCGUUCAAGGCGUUCACGGAGUUCCCCCUGAAUUUUUGGAGCAGCAAAUUGUCUCAAUUCUUAACGACAUUGAAGUCCACGCCUGCAAAACGGGAAUGCUAUUCGAUGCGGCCAACACCAGUGCGACUGCUCGUGCUUUGAAAGCUCAUUAUAGUGGCCAGAAUAUGCCUCCAAUUGUCUGCGAUCCAGUUUGCGUCUCGACUUCUGGGCAUAGUCUACUCGAACCCGAAGCUCUCCAAGUCAUGAUCAACGAGCUCUUCCCGUUGACAACUCUCCUUACACCAAACAAAGCGGAAGCGGAACUCCUUCUAGCGGAUCAUAUCAACACCUUGGAACAGAUGGUCAAGGCUGCGCGCAAUCUUCUCAAACUUGGACCUCGAGCAGUUUUGCUCAAAGGCGGCCAUAUUGUGUCUAACAAAACCGAUAUUGACCGACUUUCUGCGAGCGGAGUUCGGGUCGUUGGCCGAGAUGAAGAUGCGAUGAUUUUGUUAGCCAACUCUCUCCAACCCGAGUCUUUUGUUGUGGAUGUACUUUGCGAGUCAACCCGUGGAACCUCAAUCUUCUUAAGACCUCGCAUAGACUCUUUGUCAACACAUGGUACUGGAUGUACUCUUAGUGCUGCCCUAGCCUGUUCACUUUCAGAUGGAGCCUCCGUCUUUGACGCUGUUGUUCAGGCUACCGCGUAUACUCAUCUAGGGAUUGUAACAGCCCAUAAGAUUGGGCAUGGCCAUGGUCCCCUCAACCAUCUCCACGCUCUCUCCCGUCGUAACAUUGCCCUCCCGUCGCCAACGAAUCCUCACCCACUCACGCGCCGGCUCAUAUCGCACAACCUGGACCACUGGAGAGAUUUCGUUCAACACGAGUUUGUGUGGCGUCUUGGUCAAGGCACGUUACCACGGACUGCUUUUGUCCACUUCAUCAAACAAGACUACCACUAUCUCAAGUACUAUGCCAGAGCCCACGGAUUGCUUGCCGCUAAAGCUUCAUCGUUCACUCUUAUCGAGUCGGCAACGACAACAAUCAUGAACGUUCUUCGUGAACUCAACACGCAUCGAUCUCUGUGUGCUUCCUUCGAUGUUUCGAGCGACGAGCUGGAAAGAAGCGAGGAGAGCAUAGAGACAAUUGCGUAUGGCUCGUUCUUGAUGGACAUGGGUUUACAAGGCGACACCACCCAGCUCCUUAUCUCCGUCCUGGCGUGCCUUCUGGGCUACGGCGAAGUCGGAUUAUGGCUCCAGAGUGAAGCAAAUCGUAAAGGCAGCGGUGUCUUCCUCGAGGGAAAUCCCUACCGCCAGUGGAUCGAGGACUACUCCGGCCCGUUGUAUCAAAGUGCUGUCCGCUCUGGACUUGAGUUGAUCGAGAGUGUUGCUGCUGCUGCCUCACCGUCGCUUGGCCGACUUGAAGAAUGGUGCGCCAUUUGGGAUCGAUGCACGGGGUUAGAGAAGGCGUUUUGGGAUAUGGGACUGAGAGCAUCAGGUUAA